CCUUGGGUGGUUGUGGUGUGGUACGGUAGUCUCGUAAAGUAGUGCUGGUGGUGAUGGGGCGGAGCACGGAGCUGCAUUGUUCGGCUGUUGCUGCUAUUGCUGUCACUGAUCCGCCAUUGAUGCGAUUGCUCGCUCGAGCGUAGACGUUUGCAUUCUAGAGCACCGGCUAGCAUUAAGGGCACUCGGGAGCCGUUUUCUUAGGUCAUCGUGUACUCCGCUUCUUUCUCGCCUUCCCUUGACGCUACAACCCUCUGCUUCCUUUAACCACGAUCAGCUAAUCCUUUUCACUAAUGCUAACCUUUACCGAGUAGCCUAGCAACAGGGCUUUACUUCUGAAUUCCCUAAUGCGACUGCAACCAUGGGUCUCCUCUCACUCGGAAGAAAAAGGCCUCCCACUGGAAAGAAGGUCGAUGAUGACGUGUCAGAUACCGACUCCGUGGCAGCCCCAAGCCUCGCCACGUCAGGUCCCGGUAGCUCCUCGCGAGACUCCUCCCCAGCUAAGCCCUCGACCACGGCAGCAGACGUCAGCCGGACGGGAGUCAAGGACGGCCUGCCGCCGUCGUUACGCCGGCCGGGUUCCGCCGCGAAGGAAGCGGCGCACACGGUGAACAUUCUUAAAAAGACGUACGAAAACGUGCAGGACCUCUACGUGAUGGGGAAGGAGCUGGGCCGCGGGCAGUACGGCGUGAUCCGGCUGUGCACGGAGAAAGCGACGGGACUGUCUCUGGCGUGCAAGAGCAUCAAUAAGGGGAAGCUGACGGGGACGCGGGAGGUGGAGGACGUUCAGAGGGAGGUUAAGGUUAUGGAGCUGCUCAAAGGUCACCCGGCUGUUAUCGAGCUCCGCGCGACGUUCGAAGAUCAAAAGCGCGUGCACCUGAUCAUGGAGCUGUGCGAAGGCGGCGAACUGUUUGAGCGAAUUAGCAAGCGAAAGCAUUACCCGGAGAACGAGGCGGCGGAGGUUUGUCGCACGCUCGUUUCGGUUGUCGCACACUGCCAGACGCACGGGCUCAUGCAUCGCGAUCUCAAGCCCGAAAACAUUCUGCUCGUGAACCAAACGUCGCACACGCGAGUGAAAGUCGUCGAUUACGGCCUUGCAGUCUUCGUCAAACCAGGUGCCAAGCUGACCACCAUGGCAGGCAGCGCCUACUACAUUGCCCCCGAGGUUCUCAACAACUGCUAUGGCCUCGAGGCCGACAUGUGGAGCGUGGGGGUGAUCCUCUACAUCCUGCUGUGCGGCCUGCCGCCCUUCUGGGCGGAGAAGGAGGAGGGCAUCUUUGCGGCCAUCAAGACGGGCAAGAUUGACGUCUUCACGGGCGUGUGGGAGGGCGUGUCGCAGGACGCCAAGGACCUGGUGAUCAAGCUGUUGACCAGGGAUCCUUCCAAGCGAAUCACUCCCGAUAAGGCGCUAGCCCACCGGUGGCUCAAGCAGCAUGCCGGCUCCACUCGCUUCCCCUCCUCCGCCUCCCUCUCAGGCAUCCCCCCCAAGCCCGCCACUGCUGACGUCAUGGGCGCCUUUAGGCGUGACAGCAGCACCGGCAGCAGCACGGGGGGGGGCAUCAGACCCAGCUCUAGCAGUGGGGCAGGCGGAGGGGGAGGCGGAGGGGGAGGGGGGGCGCAUCACCACCAGCACCACGCGGGGGGGGGUGGGGCGAUAUUGACUCUUAAGAAGAGCAGCGGUGGGGGCGGGGGAGGAGGGGAGGGGAGCCAUAGUGAUCUCUUAGUGCUGCUGGAGGCUCUGAAGAAGAAGGUGGGGGAGGGGGGGGUGGCGGGGGUAGCAGGAACCUCUGCAGCAGGCCUCUCCCCCUCUCUUGUCCCCCGGUCUCGCAGCGUGGGUAUGAGCCGGAGCGGGUCGUUAUCAGGAGCGGAAUCGGAUGCUGACGGUGCUGCUGGUGGUGGGGAUCGACGGUCCGCGUCUGCCCGGCACGCCUCCGGAUUGGGGGAUGAGGAACCUUCUGAAGCUGCCCUGCAGGCGUUUCUAGCCGCUGCCCGGGAAGUUUUGCGGAAAGAUGGGGGAGAGGGAGGGGGAGGAGGGGGAGGAGAGGAACGGGUGGCAAAACUUUUAGCUAAGCUAGAAACAGGAGGUGGGGGGGGUGGGGGGAGGGAGGACCGACCGGGAUUACCUAGAGGUGGCAGCACGGGCGGCGGGGGGGCGGCAGGCCGGCCGAAGCUGCCACCCUCUCGGAGCACAAGAGACGCAUCGGACCACGAGGGGGAGGAGGACGGCGGGCGGGGAAGAAAAGGAUUGAAGCUUCCGUCGUCUGCUUCUGUUUCUGCUGCUGACGCCGGGUCGAAACUUUUGCGGCACCGGUCAGAGAAUGUCGGCGCGAUACUGACCAAGGGAGGGAAGCCCGGGCAGCCUGGCAAAUCUAUGGAGGAGAUUUUUGCUUCGCUGGAGAAGGGGAAGGAAAGGCCGGGCAGCAGCGCAAGUCGCAGAGGCGAGCGGGAAAAAGAAAAGGAGUCAAAGGAAAAAGAGAGAGACAGAGACAGGGAUAGGGAUAGGGACAGGGAUAGGGAUAGGGAGCGGGAUAGGGAUAGGGAUAGGGGGGGCAGGGGUGAUAGGGACAGGGACAGGGAUAGGGAUAGAGACAGGGAUUACGACAGGUAUAGGGAGCGGGAUAGGGAUAGGGAUAGGGAUAGGGAUAGGGAUAGGGACAGGGAUCGGGAUAAGGACUUUGACCGGUAUCGAGACAGGGACAAAGACAGAGACAAAGACAGAGACAGGGAUAGGUAUAGGGAUCGUGAUAGGGACAGGGAUAGGUAUGGGGAUCGAGACCGGGACAGAGACAGGGAUAGGUAUAAGGAACGGGAUAGGGAUUGGGAUUGGGAUAAGGAUAGAGACAGAGACAGAGACAGGGAUAGGGAUAGUGACGGAGUGAGGGACAAGGAUCGCGACAGGGAGAGGAUUCGGAGAGAGAGAGAUAAGCUGGGGAGCACCAGUGGGGCGAAGAAAGAGGGCGGCGGGCUGGUACGGCAUAAAUCGGCAGAUAUUGGCAAGCUGGUGUCAAUCGGGAAGGAUGAUGACAAACCCGACUUCCUCAAGAGCCCGACGGCCAGAUCGAGCCGAUCGCGGGGGAUCCGACGGUCACCGUCGCCUCCUGGGGGGGGCAGGGAUAAGGACAGGGAUAGGGACAGAGACAGGUUUCGGGAUAGGGAUAGGGAUAGGGAUAGGGAUAGGGAUCGGGAUCGGGAUCGGGAUAGGGACAGGGACAGGGAUAGGGAUAGAGAGCGAGGGUGGGGUAGGGAUGGUAGGGACAGGGAUGGUUGGGAUAGAGAGGGUAGGGAUAGGGAGGGUAGGGAUAGGGACGGUUGGGAUAGGGAGGGUAGGGAUAGGGAGGGUAGGGAUAGGGAGGGAAGGGAUAAGGAUGGCUGGGGCAGGGAUGGUAGGGAUAGGGAUGGGAGGGAUAGGGAUGGUAGGCGCUCCUCUGUGCGUCGUUCUCCCUCUCCUGAAAGCGUGCGAGGGGAGAAGGAGAGGGGGAGAGGGGAUAGGGACAGGGACAGGGACAGGGACAGGGAUAGGGACAGGGACAGGGACAGGGAUAGGGAUAGGGACAGGGACAGGGAUAGGGAUAGGGAUAGGGAUAGGGAUAGGGAGAGAGACAGGGAUGGGAAGGAGGAGGGAGAAGAGGGGGGGAAGAAGGGAGAGGAGGGGCGGAAAAAAGGGGAGGAGGAGGAGACCAGCCGACCCAGGCGGUCGCUGCGGCGUGGGCUGUCGUCUGCUAGUGUGUCAUUUGACCCUGAGGUUGAUGCAGGGGAGAAAGUAGGAGAUAAGGGAGGUGAAGGAGAAAGGGGAGCAGGCGAAAAAGGAGGAGACAGAGGGGCCGGAGAGGGGGACAAGGAUCGGGAGCGGGGAAGAGAGAGCCGCAGCAGUGGAGGCAGCGGGAAAGCACGGGACCUGGAGCGAUCUCCUUCCCCCCCUCCUGCCCCUGCUCCUGCACCUGGCAGCACCAAUGACGACUCCCAUGAGGAGGACAGCGCGGGGGGGAGCGCACGGCGCAUGUCUCGAGCGUCGGAUAAUGCUAGAAGCGCCAAGGACCGUUUCGUGUCUCCUCUAGACGAGGAGGACAGUGCUGGUGGUGGGGGUGGGGGUGGGGGUGGUGAUGGUGGGAGCGGGAGUGCAGGGGGAGCGAGGGGCAUGUCGCGGGCGUCAGAUAAGGCGAAGAGCGCCAAGGAGCGGCUGGAGGGGAACAGCCUGUUCCGCCACAAGUCAACCAACGUGUCGAACCUCGUCCCAGUCAGAGAUGGGCGGGACGGGAGGGAGGGGAGGGAGGGGAGAGAUGGGAGGGAUGCUGAUGCUGAUGCACGGGGCAGGGGGGGAGGGCCGACACGAGGAGGGGGAGGAGUGAGGCCAGUUUCCCCUCUCCUGGAAGAAUCCUCUCGCUCUCGCCCUUCCAAUAGGGGAGGAGGAGGGAUAGGAGGUCCGCCGUCCCCCACAGCCAGUGUGAGCAGCCGUGCGGGCGGCGGCGGCCGGCGUGUCUCGGCAACUAAUGGUCUGGUCCGGCGGAAAUCGGCAGACAUAGGGAAGUUGAUGGAUGAGAUGGGCGGCGAUGGGGGGAAGGAUUUGGGGCGGGAUGGAGCGGAGAGCACGAGCAGCGGUGGGCGGAAAUCGGCUGCUUCUGCUGGUGGCAGGAGGCGGCCGAGCCGGGACUUUGAUGACCUGGCACGGACGGGUGGGGUUGUCUUUUCUGUGUCGGCGGGCGGCGGACUGAGCCCUGUGAACGCGCCUAAGUUGGUGGCGCCUUGGAAGGGAGAUGAGAAUGGGGAGGAGGGUGAAGGAGGGGGAGGGGGAGGGAGGGAGAGGGCUAGAGGUGCGGACAGGAGUGAGGGGAGGAGCGGCACGGGCAGUGGGGGGAGAAGAGGAGGGGGGAGGGGAUGGGACGAUGAGUCGGAUAGAGAGAGGGAUAGUGACCGGGACAGGGACAGGUAUAGUGAGAGGGACUAUAGGGACAGGGAUAGAGAUGGGGGGGACCGAGAUAGGGAGAGGACCAGAGAUCGGGAGAGGGAGAGGGAAGGGGGGGCGAGAAGCCCACUGCCUAGGAACCCAUCUCGGUCGUCGGCUGUUGGUGGCGGCAGCCGUUCCAAGGGCUCUGGUGGGCUUGCCAGGUUCAAAUCAGCCGAUGUGUCGGCGAUGCUCAAGUGAUGAGAUGAAAAUCAGCUGAUGUGUCGGCACGGCUCUUCUCGGCUCGGCUCGGCUCGGCAAUGCUCGAAUGAUGAGGGUCAAAUCAGUUUAUGUGCCAGCGAUGCUCAAGUGAUGAGAUUAAAAUCUGGUGAUGAGUUGGCUCGGCUUGUCAAUGCCGGCUUGUCAAUGCUCAAGUGAUGGCAUACGGUAACGAUGAGGGGGCGCAGGCACUUUCUGAAAUGUGACGGUGAAGGCAAGGAUGGAACGGAAUGUGUGCUGUCGGCGUUCUAGAAACCUUGCAUGUGCUGAUCUAUUAUUGGUGACUUGUUAUAGCGCCAUCUCUCGUUUAUGCUUGUCUAACAUUGCUAAUUCGACUUUCUAAUUGAUGCAUUUAGUUCGUUUGUG